GAUGCCUAAAAAUUCCUUAAGUACUAAGAAAAAAGUCUUUAAAAAGAAGCUUACUUCUCCUACAACUAAUAGAAUACGUAGCGGUUCAGUUUAUUCAUAUAUUUCAAAAAAUUUAACACCUAAAGUCAGUAUAAAUCGUGACACUGAUAUUAAACCUAAUCUUGUUGAUGUGUCAACUGGUAUUUCUCAUCAAAAUCUAUUUGAUAUUCAAAGAGAAAAAGUUGAAUUAUUAAAGACAUCAGCUGUAAAUAAUAAUACAAUUAAUAGCAUUAGCUUUGAAGUUUUUAUUGAGGCGUAUGAAGAUGUUAAUCAGUCAUUUCAUAAAAGUGUAAGGCCUGAAGAGACUCUUAAGCAUUUAAAUAACAUAUCUAAUAAUCUACAACGAUGUAUGGAUCUUUUAUGGACCCAUUUAUGCGCAAUACAAAAUUCUACUAUAAAUGCUCGAGAAGAACUAUAUGGAAGAUUGGAUAAGGCAAUUUUCAACAAUGAUAAAAUAACUUUAAAUGGUUCAGAAGAUGAGUUAAAUUCGUGGAAAAUUAACUUAGAACUUGCUGAAUUAGCCGAAGAAAUGGUUAAAGCUGCAAAAAUUACAACAAUUUGCAAACAAGCAAUAACGAGGACAACGGAAAUUGCCGAAAGACUCAAACUAGAAGCUAAUUUAUUAGAACAGAGAAUUAGAAAAGAGCGUAGCUUUCAACUAGAAAGAGAAAAGCGAGCUUUAGAUGAGAGAAAGAAAAAUGAGUUCAAACAAAUCAAAGAAAGACAAUUACAAACAGAAAGAAAAAAUCGUCUAGAGAAUGAAAGAGUGGCGAUACUGAGGAGAAGCGAUUACAAAAUCAACGAAUCUUUUAAUUUUGAAUAUCCCUAUCAGAUUUCAAAUGAAGACGGCUCAACAGAGCUGUGCUGCAUUAUCCGAACUAAUUCGAAAUCCUUCACCGAAGAUUCAAUAAAUGUUAAUCCACUCAACGGUACCUCUUUUCACUACGAACCUAAUGAUGAAUUAAUUAGUAAAUUAGUUCAAUUAGAAAGUAACGAAUCCAACUUAUUGAAUAAAAAUAGUCUUUUCUUAACAAUACCUCAUUAUAUGAAUAGACUUAGCUCUCAAACAAGAGAACCGAUUGUAAAAUUUUUAUCUAAAGAGAAUAAUUGGAGAGAAUUAAAAACGACUGAAGUUUUGAUAGAAUCGAAAAAAGAGCUCAAAUUUGCGCAAAUAGAAUUAAAAGAAUUUGGAACUUAUGCCGUCGUAGCCUGCCUUAAAAGAGAUCAUUUAGUAAUUACAAAAAAAGGAGGCAAAAUUAAAAGUGCUCUUGACCCCCGAUUAACAAUCUUUUCUAAACCGAAUACCUUUCCUGAUAAGGAACAUUUUACAGUUGCUAGUCAAAUUGUUGACAGCAACAGAAUUAACGAAAUGCGGUCAAUAACUUCUUGUGGUCAAGCUGUUUACAAUGUUUCGGCGUUUUACCACUUGCAAUGGGAAAGCCAUAAACUGUUAGAGAAAAUUACAGUUAAUGUUCCAAUCAAUCCAAAUCCAACGAAAGCCAAGAAAAUCGCAAAAGGAUUAAAGCCACACGAGAAGAAAUCUGGCAAGAAGUCAAGACUUAAUGAAGGGGAAGGUGAAAUUUUGUACUUGGUGAAAUCCUUUGGAAGUGGUGACAGAUGGAAAACUGACAGUAUAAAUGUAACAGUGAAAAAAUUGGAUAUUGUUCAAUUCACAACUCAGGAACCCUUACAGAAAUUCAUCAUUAUUCGUAUGAAGGCUAGAUCAAGUGGGGAAGAAGCCUCUAUUGUUGCUGAGACCUUGUAUAAUCUAUUGCAAAAACGCUAUGCUGAAGUCUUUGUUCGACAGCAUAAAGAUAAUCUCAAACAUUUAAUAGUUACAAUAGUGCCCUCUAUGAAAUCGGAUAAAAUGGGCCUUACUUUGAACAACCAUGGUUUUACAGCAGGUGAAGAAGAAUCAAUUGGGGUUGAACUUUUUGAAGAGCAAUUCUACAACUAA